AGAAUAAAUGAAACAAUGAAAUAUAUAUAUAGCAGAAAACACAUUUAUUGGACAGACUAAAUUGGGUUGUCAUAUCAUAUAACUUCCCAACUGUGUUAUUGUCAUGCUGUCACCAAUUUUUUUAGCUAGGCUCUUCCUAUAUAACUUGAUUGAAAGAAUCGAGAAACAUGCACCAAUCUCAGUUCUUAUAUAAUAACUUUCUGUCUGCUUAAGUUUUCUGCAUUGAAAUUUCCUUAACAACUUAUUAGUUUCAUAUUGGUUAUUUUAUCUAAUGGCAAACAAAAUGAAUAUAAAGUUAGGAGAACCAACUCUUGUUCUUCCUGCAGAGCCAACAAAGAAGGGACUAUACUUUCUUUCAAACCUUGAUCAAAACAUAGCAUAUCCAGUUCGUACAAUUUACUGUUACAAGUCAUCUUCAAAAGGGAAUGAGGAUGUUGCAAAAGUCAUUAAGGAUUCCUUGUCAAAGAUUCUUGUUCACUACUAUCCUAUGGCUGGAAGGUUGACAAUAAGCUCAGAAGGAAAGUUGAUAAUAGAUUGUACUGAAGAAGGUGUUGUGUUUGUUGAGGCUGAAGCAAAUUGCAUGAUGGAGGAUUUGGGUGAUAUGACAAAGCCUAACAAUAUUGAAAUUCUUAGAAAACUUGUUUAUGAUGUUCCUACUGCAAAGAACUUACUUGAGAUACCUCCUCUUCUUAUUCAGGUGACAAAGUUCAAAUGUGGAGGAUUUGUUUUGGGGGUAAAUGUGAAUCAUUGUAUGAAUGAUGGUAUAAGUGCUAUGCAAUUUGUUAACUCUUGGAGUGACAUAGCAAGAGGACUAGACUUAAAAAUCCCACCAUUUCUAGACAGAACAAUACUCAAAUCACGUAAUCCUCCACAAAUAAACUUCCCACACCAUGAAUUUGCUGAAAUUGAAGAUUUAUCAAACACAAACAAAUUAAUUCAAGAGGAAGAAGAAAUGGUCUACAAGUCCUUCAAUUUCAAUGAAAGCAAACUUGAACUUCUGAAGAAAAAGGCCACAAAAGAUGGUAUUGUGAAUAAGUGCUCAACUUUUGAAGCACUUUCAGCCUUUGUUUGGAGAGCUAGAACUAAAACUUUAAAUGUGCAUCCAAAUCAAGAAAUGAAACUACUUUUUGCUGUUGAUGGAAGAUCGAAAUUUGUUCCACAAGUACCAAAAGGGUAUUUUGGUAAUGCAAUUAUUUUGUCAAAUGCUAUGUGUAAAGCAGGUGAAUUAUUGAAGAAUCCAUUAUCAUUUAGUGUGGAAGUGAUUAAAAGAGCAAUUGAGAUGGUGACUGAUAGUUACAUGAGAUCUGCUAUUGAUUACUUUGAAGUUAAGAGAAGUAAGCCUUCUUUAACAUCAACACUUUUGAUUACAACAUGGACUAGGUUGUCUUUUCAUGAAGCUGAUUUUGGUUGGGGGAAACCUACGAGUUUUUGUCCUGUUACUUUGCCACAAAAGGAAGUUAUUUUGUUCUUACCACAUGGUGAAAAUACAAGAAGUAUAAAUGUGUUUGUGGGUUUGCCUGCUUCUACUAUGAAAAUAUUUGAAAAGAAUAUGGAGAUGUGAAUGGAGCAUUAAUCGGAUGAAGGAAUUAUGAAUGUUUAUAGUAUACCUAAUAAUAUUAUUAAGAUAUACUACUAUCUAUAUACUAUUAUCUUCGGCUCUAACUAUAAGAAAAAAUUGAAUCAAUAAAAAUUGAUAUAUUUGGUACAAAUUUUAGACCAAAUACAUUAUUAUUUUGUUGACCCAAUUUUUUGUUAUACUUAAAGAUCAUAUAUAGUGUAUACUUUUUAUUUGUUUUCUUUUUGUUUUACAUUAUUACAAAGUUAUAUCAUAUGUGGCCUACAAUGGUAGACUACGUUUGUUGCUGAUAGAUGUUGAUGUUUCAUAUGUAAUAAUAAUGGACUUUUCAUGUCAUAUUUCUCUCUAAGUCAAAAAUAUUAUGGGUCAAAAUCAUUAAAAACUUAUUAGAAAAAC